AUGUCCUCACAACAAGAAGCCAACAAUGCAUUGUCAAUUGCCAACGCAUCUUUGUGCACUGUGCUUGCCUGCAUCAGAUGCUAUGAAGCGGAUGGCCAGUCUCAAGCAUUACAGCAACAUGGCAGGAAUGCCUCGGCCAUUUCACUGUUGCUGCUGUCUGUGGCUACUAAGGUUCAGGUGACCAUGAACAUCGGCCAGGCCAUGCAAUGGAACUGUGUGAGGGUUGAUGAUUCCCAUAUGGAAUCACACCCCUUCUAUGCGAAAAUGAUUGGAUUUGGUGCACCAGCACUGGCACCAGUGCCAAGCCAAGUCUCCAAGGUCCUACUACCAGCUCCCAAGGUGAUGUCAGUCCCACCAAUCAACUCACUUCCUGUCAAGGCUCCCAAGUCAAUGACUGACAAAGGGAAGCAGCCAGUUUGGAGGACUCAGCAAUCAAGAGAGGAUGACUCUGAUAAUGAGUCCAGCAAGAAGAGGCACAAGGCAGUGGUACCUUCCACUCCAACACCCCCAAAGUCAAGGGGUGUGACCAAAGAGGUCAAACAGGCCGACACCGAAGGCUGCACUAGCCAACCAAUGCUGAAGGGAAAGGCAAAGGAGAUAGCAGUCGAUGUCACUGAGGGAGAUGAGUACGACCCACCCUGUAAGAGUCACAAGGGACAGAUUAUGAAGUCCUGUGCCAAGUGCUAUGUCAUGAAGGAUGCAAUGGAGGAUACAGUUUUAGACGUUGAAGUUGUCUCUCAUGCAGAUGUCCAGAUGUCUCAAAAAGCCAAUGUCACUUUGGUGAUGUUGAGCGAGCCCACAGUUAAUGACAAGGUUAAUCAGCCAGCAGCCAUGGUGUUAGCCAACAACUUUCCUCUUGACCAUUGGCAGGAGGACACCAAUGACAUCCCCAUCCCAUUACCACUUCCUGCAGCCAAACCCACCACCUUGGCAGCUGAAUGGACCAUCCAUGAUUGUAUGGUUGUCCUGGCAGCUAGAGUCACUGCCAUGGAAAUGGCCAACCACAACACCCUUGCCAGGGUGGAUGCCAUGGAGCAGGAAUUCAAUGCCUGCAUCUCCUCUAUGCAGGCCAAGUUUUCUGCCAUGCAGCUUAGCUUCAAUGGCACAGUGGAUACAGUACAAGGUCUGGCCAACAUGGUGAAGAAACUGUGGCAGGAAUGCACAGUCCUUAAUCCAUCAUUUCCACCACCAAUGAUGGGCCCAACUAGUGGUUCCUCAGCCACAGCAAUGGGUGUGAGGUACUUGACUGGUGUGUUUGGCCCUUCAGUUACUCCCACUGCUAAUUCAGUCAGCAUUGGUCAACCCUCAGCAUCUCACCCAUUUAGUCGCCCUGAUGUGUAA